GAUGCUGCAUCCCGAUUUUAGUUGAUAAGCAUCCUUUGACUUUGCCGCUCGCAUUAUUAAUAUUCGUAGUUUUUAGUGCAACAAUUAGAGACCUGCAGACCUGGUGGUCACCUCUACCUUGUAAGGAUGCCAUGAAUACUGAAAAUCGGGAAGUAUUACAAACUAUUACGACAUGCGAUAACGUAGUAACCAAAAAAAGGGAAAGAAGUACUGAAAUGGGUUCAUUAAGCAGAGAAGAGCGCAGAAGAAGGAGGAGAGCCACCCAAAAAUAUCGAACUGCUCACGCCACAAGAGAGCGAAUUAGGGUAGAAGCAUUUAACGUUGCUUUUGCAGAAUUAAGAAAACUUUUGCCUACAUUACCUCCAGAUAAAAAACUAUCGAAAAUAGAAAUCUUAAGACUCGCAAUUUGUUAUAUAGCAUAUCUUAAUCACGUCCUGGAUGUAUAAAAUAUUAAAUCGAUAAUCGAUUGAAAUAAUACCUUAUAAAUGUAGAUAAAAGUGACUGUGUUUAAAACUUAAAUGAAGAUAAUGAACUAUUAAAACGUGCUGCCAUACUAGAGAAGUAUAUUUCAAGCACACUUUUUUUUCUUAAUAAGAGACAAGUUGGACCUCGAUUGGACGGAUCCAGCAGUACUAGGUCCUCCAAAUAUCUCCCACUGUCCCCACUGAGUUUCAUCAGUUUAAAGCAAUAAAAAUUCUAUUGUAAAGCCUUGAGAUAAAUUUUAAAAAUAAAGGACGCAACAUUUUGAGUUAUACAUGCGUCAGUUCAGCUGGUUGGUGGGUAUCCUCUGCUGCUCCGUAGUGCUUCUUGUCGUGGUCUCUACUCGACAGUAGGGGAGACCGGGGCAGCUUUUUUAUCAGUUACUAUAGAUCCAAAAUCUCUACUUUAUCAUCAAUUUUGGUCUAAUAGGCAUCAUCUGACAAAAAAAUUAAUAUGUAUCUUGCGUAUUUGGAUAAAAUCGCAAAUUGAUUUGAAAAAAAUGCAAAAUUACAUGUCCAGUGUACCCCGUAGCGGGGUAAACUGGUCACAGCAUCGCAAAUGGACUUAAGUCUACACGUACAAUAUUAUCCAGGUAUAAGGUAUAAAAUUGUCAUUAAAACGUAAGAGUCCUAGUGUUCUAGACUCCCUAGUGUUGUUGGAACCGGUCAUUGUUGUUGGAUCUGGAUGCAACAAUGUCACUUUCAUGAAUAACGUCUACGUCUUGACUUUCUGGAAACAUGUAGGUCAUCGCUCUCUUGCUUGUUAGGAAAUUAACAGUGUAAUUAGACGAUUUUUUGUACUUUACCAAUAAUAAAACACCUUACCAUUUUCCCUUCUCAAAUACUUUACCAAAAUGUAGCUAUUCGUUUGACCUUAUCGGUGUUAAAAUUUAGACAAUGUUCUUCAUUUUCUGUCGCAGAGCACCACUCCUCAUCAAUAUCGUCUUCAGUGUCUAUCAUGUCGACCUCUUCAUCUGCUGAGUCAUUUGUGUCAUAAUCAGGCGUCUUCGUAACAUUAUUAAUAUUCUUAGUUCCUGUAACUCUUAAUUUUUUUGCACCUUCUUUUUGUUUCUAUCGGCUUACUUCUAUGUUCUUCUUCAUCUCUUAUUUCGUAUAAAUUUGGCGUAUCGGUUAAAUUUUUUGAAGUAGUCUUUUUGCGUUUUGUAGACUGUGAUGUCGACUGAACAGCUUUUGGUAUCUAACGGAAUAGUCAUUAGGUACUAGUGUAAUUAUAGAAUCUUGUUUUACGGUGCAGUUUUUAGGUGUUCUCUGUUGAUCAAUUGUUGACUCUGUUGUCUUUAGUUCCGGAUGAGUGGUUUGUCCGUGUUGGAGUAAAGGCAUUGUGUCCGUAAUUGUUGUAUAGUCCGUAAAUGUUGUAGUGCGCAAUAGAAAACUGCAUUGCAAUAGGUUUAAUUGACCAUCCGCCAUUGAAAACAAUUCGCAAUGCUGCAAGCAUAGUUUUUUCGCUGGUAAGAGCAAUUUCCGUUUUCAUCUUUCUAUUUCUCACCAUAUUUUCCUAAAACAGUUUAUAUAAAACACUGGCACUUUCUGAUGGGGGUACAGUGGUCACUUCUCGAAACCUGAGAAAGUAGUGACCACUGUACCCCUUUUUGAAAUGGCCACUGUGCCCCAAAGUACAACUAUGUUGUAAAUUAUUAUAUAUUCAAAACAAAAGGUUAUUCUUUAUAUUUUUAUGGGACAGUAGAAUAUUAAUACAUGCAACAAUCAACUACAUAAAGAAAAUAAAUUUACUUUAAUCGAAUCCGCCAGAAAUUCGACAAACUUUGGAGACCGAAUUAUUACUUGACAUACACAAAUUUGAGGUUAGAGUUUUUAUUGGUAAUCUGCUUUAACUACUAAGUCGUAUUAUAAACUCUAACACUUAAACUUAUUUUUGCUUUUUUCUACUAGGUGACCGUAGUAGCAACGCAUUCCAUUUAACGUGACCACUGUGCCCCCAUGUCCACUGUGCCCCGGUCUCCCCUACGUUUUAUCCAUUGGUUGUCUCAUAAUCUGGCAAUGCGUCCUGCCCAAUUCCACUUUUGCGACGCGACUUUUUCAAUAGCGUCUGUUAUUUUUCCUUGAUUUUUUCUCGAGUCUUAUUAUAACAUAGAUAGGUGGUGAUGUAUGAAGUGGCUAAAUUCUCAGAUUUCACUUUAGUAUAUAAAUAUUAUAAAUUGAAACAGACUGUAUGACUUGUACACACUUCUAAAUAUGUCAAACCGGCAAACAGGUGUAUGUUCUCAAAGAAAUUGAAAGUGUGUAAAAAAAUUUUAAUAAUCAGCUAAGUACUUUCAACACAUAACGUGCCAUC